AUGUCUGACAUCCCCCCUUCACAAUCUAUGAUACCCCCCAGCACCAGCCCAUCUUAUCCGGAACUGUGCUAUAAUGAAGCCAGCAACACCUAUGCACACAAUAACAUUGGUGCUUGGGUCCCUCAUCCAGGAAUUUGCAAUGCUUUUAUGUCUCACCAGCCUUUUCACAUGGAGACUGGUACUUACGCACUUGGUCCAGCCAAGUUCGCAUCUCAAACAGACUCUCCCUCACCUAGUUCUUGUGUCAACAUGCACCAGGUGCCAGGUAACAAUGCCAUUGAUCCUGCACUCCUCCCUCUGCCUGACACCAGUGAUCUGGACUUGAUGGAUGCCAUUACAAUCGCAGAGGCACAUGACUAUAUUGCAGCAGCCAAAACAGCCAAUGUCAACUGUCUUCUCAACAUGGUUAAAGAUGAGCUCCCUCUUGCCAACUGGGCCAAAGUGAACCACCAGCCCUCACACAAAAUCACUUUGCUUGAGUUGGUGAAGACCAUGAAGCCGACUGGAGACAGUAUUUGCCCUCCACAAGUCAUAUGUGCCCAUCACAUUGAUCAUCUCAUCAACAAGCAUGCAGAAACCUAUGACCUGAAUGACUUGGACUUUGAGAAUGAGAACAUUAACAACAAUAACAACAACAAUCACUCCAUUGUGUCGGACCAGGAUGAGCCAUAUUGUGCCUCACCCCUGAUUCAACACACUGCUAUUGCACGCUCCACUGCUCACACAGAAACACCUAUUCCACAUUGCAAUGCUUGA